AUGUGUGUCGCUAAAAUGGGACUCUCUUACUAUACCAGAAUUUCUGUUGAGUUUCGAUAUGAAGCGGAUCAAGUGCUGGAUCAGCUCAUGUUGCAUUCCGCGUAUUGUAGGUCUAAUCACACUUUCGAGAAUUCUAGGUACUCUCGGGAUCGAAGAUGGUAUUACCCAUGAAAUGUGCGUCUCCAAUGAGAAGAAUACGCAUAGUUCAAUGUGUCAAACGCACCUAUUUUAUAUCGAGAUCCAAGAAGCGUAUAGCGAGUCGAUUUGCUAUAGUUCUUAGACUACCUACGUACGAUAGA